AUGGAUUCUGAAAUAUUGGACCUGGAAAGUCAGGGAUUUGUGGGGGAAAUUCAUUCACAAAUCACAUCAGAGGAAGAAGCCUCUGUGAUACCUCAAUCUCCAGCAUACUCUGAGGGCUAUCAGAUGGAACAUACAUUGCAUUCUCAAGCCAAUUCAGCACCUCAUGAGUUGAAGUCAAUGUCCUCAAGUGGCUCCUUUCCACCAGCUGCAGCUAAUAGAGAAGAGAAUCCCUAUCAACAGCAUGCAGAUAUGAAAAUUGACUCAACAGGCUCUGAAGAGAUCUCUGACCCUAUAGCCCUUGCUUAUUCUCAUUCAGUGCCAUCAGACCCUCUCCCACCUAUUUCAUACAUUGACCCUCAGCACAUACCUCCUUUCAGCUAUAUCAAAAGCCAUUCUGAACCUGCUCAACAUCAUCAGUCAUACAAACCAGCAAAUAUCAAACAGUACAAAGCAAAACCCCAAAUACAAGUAGUCACCCAAUCAACAGAGUCUAAGUCUCAAGUAGCUGAGUCAAUGCAAAUGAUGAUGAUGAACCAGAUGAUGAUGCAGCAGAUGCAAGCUCAACAAAUGCAGGCAGCUCAAAUGGGAGUCAUCAAUCAACAGAAUAUGCACAUGCAAUCCCAAAUGCUGCAGCCAGGAGUACAAGGCAAUAGGAGGAAAGAUAAGCCAUGCAAACAGUCAAAAGGGUCUAUCAACAUUCAAAACUGUGCUCAGAAGGUCAAGCAAAAGCCAUAUAAAUACAGAUCUAAACCUAUCUUAACACCAAACCUAGUGAAUCACCUGCCACUGCCUCCAAUAGCAAAUCCAGUGCAACAACCCUCUAUUGAGACUGUUGCCUUGGACAAUUGGCAGGAAGCUACCAUCAUACUCUGUUUUGCAGCUGUUGGUCUGAUUUACCUUAUCUGCUCCAGAGCUGGUGGGGAGGAGAAAAAAGAGGAUAUAGCUAGGAAACAUAUGUCAUAA